CAUGAGACUACAUCCUUAAAGCUGUUGACUUUAAACUGUGCACACACUCUUAUUUUUAUUUUUGGAAGCCAGAAACAAGAAAUAAUGGAGCUCAGCAACAUUCGUUUGCGAAACCUUUUCCAUUACGACCCGGAAAGCAAAAAGUUGUCACCGAUUUCAACCAUUAAAUACUUUCGAAUGCCAGAGGACAGGGAGUAUCCCUUGGAUCUGGACAAAAACUACGAAACCUAUGUCCAUCGAAAGCACGAAUAUCCCGGUCUGCUCGACAUGAUGCAGUACUACUCUGGGCACGUCGAUAAAUCGGCGUUUACUAGACACGACUUUGACGUCUUUUGCUGCCGCGGUGUACUAAGAAACCUAACUGAGGCCAAGCCUUUAAGCUCGUUUAGCAUCGAUUUAUCGUUGGAGGCCUUCAGGCAUAAUGGGUGUAUCUUUCUAAAGUUGCAUAGGAAAGAAGAGGAAGCUAACGCUCGUAAUUCCUACGUAUUUAAGGCACGCCAGUACCUAUUUAGUGCUGAGCCAGGAAAACUCCCCGAUGCGGAUGCCUCACUAGAUGAGAGGGACCAGAUGUAUGGAAUGUUCUCCGCUCAAUUGGGGCAAUUCCGAUUACUCUACUCGUCCGAGGUUGUGGGGGUUACAAACACCGAAAAGCUCGGGGAUCUCACUGAACCCGAGGAGCUAGAGAAGUGCUCUUUGACCAUCGUAAGGGUCGUUAAAAGUUAUGUGAAAUGGCGAACCUCUUUUCGCUGUGCUUCUUGGGUCCUUCAGGCCUACCUUUGUGGCGCCAGUCAGUUGGCUGUAGCCAAAUUCGAUGAAAAUGGAUGUGUGUCCGAAAGGAUUGAGGUCGAGGCCGUUGGGGACUUUCUCGAGUCUAAGCUGAGCCAUUACCAGACCGGCUUCAAACAACUGAAAGGCUUUUUAGAGCAGAUCAGACAGAAAUUGGACGAGAUCGACAAUCCAAAUGUGGGACUAAAGUUUACUCUCGUCGGAAAUGUAUUAAUUUUCGAUGAGGCUUUUAAAAGUGAUUUCCUUGAAAAAGCCAACAUUAACUUUUAAAGUAUUUUCAUAUUAUUUUAUCGAGUUAA